GCAUGUAGCGUUUAUGCUUAUGACAGGCAUCAUUUUGGAAGUGUGUGAGUGUGUGUGUUUCCAUGUGUAAGUGAAGGAAUGAUUAAGAAAAAGUGUGUGUGUGUGUGUGUGAGAGUGAGAGAAAGAGAGAGAGAGUGAGAGAAAGAGAGAGAGAUGGUAAGGUUGAGUGUGCAGAUUCCCAGUUAUAAAAGAUUGGAGAGUCAGCAGCUUACCCCCCCCCCUCCAUCUCAUCAGCAGUGGAAGGGGUCUGUCUCUGUGCAGCAUUCAGCUCUCACCCCCCUCCCUCCCAGUUCCUCCCUCCCUCCCUCCCUCUCUCUCUCUCUCUCUCUCAGUGUGCCAGCAGCAGCAGUGGGUAUCAGAGACGCUGCUCAACCAUGCCAGGGCGAGAGGACGCCCAGCCCCCCGCCAGCACCAGCGCCCGCCUCUAAACCCCCGGAGAAAGGCCGAAAGUGUGUGUGUGUGUGAGAGAGAGAGAGAGAGAGAGAGAGAGGAGAGAGGGAGAGAGAGAGAGAGAGAGAGAGAGAGGGAGAGAGAGAGGGAGAGAGAGGGAGAGAGAGAGAGAGGGAGAGAGAGAGGGAGAGAGAGAGGGGGGCGCUGCACGGGGACGGAGAGACAGAGCGGCCAGCCGCAGGAGAGGCGGAGAGGAGAGGAGAGGAGAGAAGAGGGGCGAAAAAGGAGAAAGAAAUCUCCAGAGGACGGGAAGAAAUGAGGGAUUAAACGAGAAGAAAGAGGGGAAGAGAGAAGAGAAACUGAACUACCUAUUGUCCUAUCAGCAAACACUUUCCAGCCUUUCAUCUCCGGAGAGAGGAAGAGCAGGAGAGAACGAGGGAGAGAGAAAGUGCAGAGAGAGAGAGAGAGAGAGAAAGAGAGAGAUGCCUGGGAAGUGAUGAAGAAAAUGAGGAGAGUCCUGAAGAUGCCCCCCUGCACCCACCUGUCCUGCGUCCUGAUGCUGCUGCUCCUUUUGGGAAGGGGCGGGCUGAGCGUCUGCCCCCCCAUGUGCUCGUGCGCGCGCGGCCACAGGACGGUGGACUGCUCCGGGCGCGGCCUCUCCCUGCUGCCGGACGGCCUGCAGCACAACAUCCGCGCCCUCAACCUGUCGCGCAACCGGCUGCACGACCUGGACGGCAAGCUGGCCCACUUCACCCACCUGCGCGCCCUCGACCUGUCCCACAACCGCCUGUCCCGCCUGCCCGCGGGGCUGCCCCGCGCCCUGUGGGACGUCCACGCGGCGGGGAACCGCCUGCGCCAGCUGGAGAAGAACGACACGGCCUACCACUGGAACCUGCGCGCCCUCGACCUCUCGGCCAAUCAGCUGGAGCGCGUGGUGUUCAUCAACAACACGCUGACGGGCCUGCUGUCGCUCAACCUCAGCCACAACAAGUUCUGGACCGUCCCCACCAACAUGCCCACCAACCUGGAGACGGUGGACCUGUCCCACAACUACCUGGUGCAGAUCCUGCCGGGGUCGCUGGACCGGAUGGGGCGGCUGGCCCAGCUCUACCUGCACGGGAACCGGUUCGCGGCGGCGGACGGGCAGGCGUUCGCCAAGCUGCACGGGCUCCGCCUCCUCACUCUCUACGACAACCCGUGGGCGUGCGAGGACGCCGAGGGCCUGCGGGACCUGCUGGACUGGAUGCGGCUGACCUCCGCUCGGAUUUUGGGGUGCCCGUGCCACACCCAUCCCGUCUGCGGGGAGGCCCACCUGACCUCCACGGGGUCGUGGCACUACACCCUGCACCCCGCGGGGGCCGACACCCGCCGCGCCCGCCCCAGCCGGCCCCCCAUGCAGGCCGUCACCUCGGGGUUCCUGUCGAAAUCUGCCCUCGUGAUCCCGGACCCCACCCGUCCCCCGCCGGGCCCCGAUGGGAACCCCGCCCCGUCCCGCAGCCACCACCCGUCUUUGACUUCCACCCCGCCCACCUUCUCCACGCGCAUGAGCACGACCCCCCGCCCACGGAGAGCUGGCAAGGCGGGGGGGGUGGGGGGCGAGGCUGGCGAGGGCGGGGCGGGGUUAGGAGUCGCCCGCAGCAGGAGCGAUGGACUCAAAGCCCCUCCUCCGUCCAUCAUCGCCCUGACCGUUUUUUUAACAGUCAUAUCCCUCAAAAAGUUCUAAACCCCCUUUUCCACCCUCUCCGUCCUGAACCAUGAACUCCCCCGCCCCCGCCCCCCCCCAAACUCUACGGAACUUUCCAGCCCUCUUUGAAAAACGAGCGACCCAUAACUUUAGUGGGUCCACAGUUCGCGUUUUUAAAAAUUAUUAUUAUUAUGGUAAUCUCUGACUGUUACUGCCUAUAUUAAAACCGGAUGUUUAUGUUCUUCUUCUGAAUGCUUAUCAACAUGUCAACUGCCGAAUGCAGAUUUGGUUGAGAGUAAUGUAUGACUACAUAAUGUGUGCAUACCCUCAUCAAUAUAAAUUAUCUAUCUACAGUGUCUAAUGCUUCAAGGAACACAGCUAUUUAACAGUAUUACUGGCAUCCAAAUGUUCCAACCUCUGUAUUAUGCUUGUCCACAGAAGUAUAAUGCUGUAUUUUAUAAAUAUAAAAAAACAAGAUAA